CAGGGAGCUUAAAUAUUGAAGGAAACAUGUUUCUGGUGUCCUGCUCCAUUGUCCAACUAUGAGAGGCUUUUCUCUGAGUGGCUGACUCAUUCAGUUUGCUGAAUCUACAAGCCCUUGACCUGUGUUCAGAGAAAGGAAUGAAGCAACACCAUGCUACCUGUUUGGGGUGUUUACAGUGGCUUUUUAUAUUCUCCUGGUUUUCUCAUCAUUUUAUUUGUUUUCCCUCCUGUUAGGAUUCCCUCCUGCGAGUCUCUUUCCAUGUCAUUUUGAGUCAGGCCUAGUCGAAGACUGAGGUUAUGAAGUCAAUCCUAGAUGGCCUUGCAGAUACCACCUUUCGCACCAUCACGACAGACCUUCUCUACGUGGGCUCCAAUGACAUUCAGGGAAGUCCCUUCCAAGAAAAGAUGACUGCAGGAGACAACCCCCAGUUAGUCCCAGCAGACCAGGUGAACAUUACAGAAUUUUACAACAAGUCUCUUUCGUCCUACAAGGAAAAUGAGGAGAACAUUCAGUGUGGGGAGAACUUCAUGGACAUGGAGUGCUUCAUGAUUCUGAACCCUAGCCAGCAGCUGGCCAUCGCUGUGCUGUCCCUCACGCUGGGCACCUUCACAGUUCUGGAGAACCUGCUGGUGCUGUGCGUCAUCCUGCACUCCCGCAGCCUCCGCUGCAGGCCUUCAUACCACUUCAUUGGCAGCCUGGCGGUGGCAGACCUCCUUGGCAGUGUCAUUUUUGUCUACAGCUUUGUUGACUUCCAUGUGUUCCACCGCAAAGAUAGCCCCAACGUGUUUCUGUUCAAACUGGGUGGAGUCACAGCCUCCUUCACUGCCUCUGUGGGCAGCCUGUUUCUCACAGCCAUCGAUAGGUACAUAUCUAUUCACAGGCCUCUGGCCUAUAAGAGGAUCGUCACCCGGCCGAAGGCCGUGGUGGCAUUUUGCCUGAUGUGGACCAUAGCGAUUGUGAUUGCCGUGUUGCCUCUCCUAGGCUGGAACUGCAAGAAACUGCAAUCCGUUUGCUCAGACAUUUUCCCACUCAUUGAUGAAACCUACCUGAUGUUCUGGAUCGGAGUCACCAGCGUGCUGCUCCUCUUUAUUGUAUAUGCAUACAUGUACAUUCUCUGGAAGGCUCACAGCCACGCAGUACGCAUGAUUCAGCGCGGCACCCAGAAGAGCAUCAUCAUUCACACGUCAGAGGAUGGCAAAGUCCAGGUGACUCGGCCAGACCAAGCCCGCAUGGACAUUAGGCUGGCUAAGACCCUGGUCCUGAUCCUGGUGGUUUUAAUCAUCUGCUGGGGCCCUCUGCUUGCGAUCAUGGUGUAUGAUGUCUUUGGGAAGAUGAACAAGCUCAUUAAGACGGUGUUUGCAUUCUGCAGUAUGCUCUGUCUCCUCAACUCCACCGUGAACCCCAUCAUCUACGCUCUGAGGAGCAAGGACCUGAGGCAUGCCUUCCGGAGCAUGUUCCCCUCCUGUGAAGGUACCGCGCAGCCUCUUGAUAACAGCAUGGGGGACUCGGACUGCCUGCACAAACAUGCCAACAAUGCAGCCAGUGUUCAUAGGGCCGCAGAGAGCUGCAUCAAGAGCACGGUCAAGAUUGCCAAGGUGACCAUGUCUGUGUCCACAGACACGUCUGCCGAGGCUCUGUGA